AUGACAUAUUCCCCUCGCAAACUGGCGAUCGCCGGCCUAGCUCUGGCGCAGACUGCAGCUGCCCUCAGCGCGACGAUCUUGGCCGACGUUAACAGGGACGGUCACGUUGACGUCGAAGGAAACUCGGAUGUUGAGGGCAAGGCCACUUGGACAGAAGAUAGGGGCGCUCUCUUCUUAGCCAAUAUUGGCGAUACCAACAAACGGUGCGCGAGCAGCCGUGAUUUCGACACUUGCAAUGACGCCGAGGGUAAUGAACUCCGGAAUCCAAAAUAUCUCGCACCUCUUCGUACCCUCCCGAUCACAGGAUUGAGCACAUCUGCAGUCGGCACUGUCAAGGUUCUCGACCAGGUUGCGGCUGCCAAAACUCGCAUUUUCGUCAAGUCCGGCAAAUCAUGGGGCUUUGUUUCUUCCAACUAUACGUUCAGUGCCAGUGAGCUUGAAGGCGGCCUGGAACUCGGAAUCGAUUCCCGCGAUGUCCGUCGCCCUGACUGGGAUGGGCGUGCCCAGGUGACUUUCACCGUCUCUGAUGGAGGUGAAAGUGCAGAGGACGUUGUGGCGCUUCGUGUGGCCCCCGUCUUAACCCAUCACCAUGCCCAGCUCGCGCAGAAGAUACUCACCACCCUUCCUACCAUCAGCUGGCCCGACCAAACCCGCUUCGUGCAGAACUUGGUCAAGAACGUGGCUGACGCUGGGAUCAGCGAGCCUGUGUUCCAAUUCACAUCCUCGAGCGACCACUGGACCCAGGAUUUCUUCGAGCCUGGGUACUCCAGCAUCCCGGGCCCCGAUGGACUGAUCUCUCUGAGAAUAAUGAUACGUUCAUCGCAAAGCUUUCGUACGGCCGGAGAGCAAGUCUUCACUGCCCUCCGCUCGGACGGUGUAGGCGCCGUGCAGCAGCUUGCACAAGGAGGCACUCGAGAUAGUUUUGGCAAUUUGGAAACUAUCCCACCAUAUACUCACAACGGGAAGAGUUACCCAGCCGGUCGCAUCAUCAUGGGUACCUCGGAAGAUGAAACACCGCGGAUUCUGAGCUUUAUUAAGGCCCAAGAGUCACAAGACCCGCUGAUACUGGACACUUCAUGGCUUGCUGUUGGGCAUGUUGAUGAGUUUCUUCAAUUUUUGCCUGUAGAUAGUGAGCGCGGCUGGGUCCUCGUUGCUGAUGACCCGCUGGCAGGUCUUGCACUGUUGAAAAAGGCUUCCGCAGACGGCCAUGGCGGUGAAAAGGCCGUUUCACGCGGCCUUCUUGAGGGGGAGACGGGCCAAUGCCUACCGACGUACACCAUUGAUCAAGCGCUGAAACUCGACUCGUUUGAAUCCUAUCAGAAGCAAGCCGCCGAAUUCAUCGAGGAGAACAUCGCACGGAUCAAGAACGCGACGGGUAUCACUGAUGAUGAGAUCUUACGCAUGUCGGCUACUUUCUAUGACUUUCAUACCUGGCCUUGUAACAAUACUAAUGCUCAAUCAUCCGUCUCCACAAUUUCGGGAGGACCUUCUUCUAAGGCGAAGUCCAUUAUCGACUGGGGAACACCAUCGGGGGCUGUCCAAGAGCGACAGGCAGGUUCUACUAUCCAGCUGGUUGCAUUCUAUCCCGGAAUAGUGAAUGGCGUGGUGUUGAGUGACUCCCAGGUUCUUGCUCCGAAUCCCUGGGGCCCUAUCAUCGACGGUGUUGACAUUCUUGCUAAUGAAGCCAUCAAAUUGUAUGCGAGUGUGGGUUUCAACGUCACCUUCCAAGAUGACUGGUUCUCCCACCACCUCCUGGGGGGAGAGGUACACUGUGGCUCCAAUACCUGGAGAGAGGCUGGAGACGUUUGGUGGAAGAGCUAA